GUUCUGAUAAACACGAGUAAAACAGAGACAGGAAAUAGAGGGUCUUUGGGUAAUGAGUUCCAGCCACUCUUGAAACAGAAAGCUAGUGAAGGCAUUACUUGAAAAUAGUUUCUCUAUGACAGCCUAGCAAUUUUUAGCUUGUUAUUUUACCAUUAAAAGGGAACACUCUCACUGCAGUUUUCAACUGCACUACAGAAGCUUCCCUUUCCCCCUCCCUCCCUCUCUCUUUUUUCCCCUCAGACCAUCUGGCAUUAUGCAUCUUUUGAAGCCUUUAGAAUGAUAUUACUGCCUGUUGAUGACUGAUCUCUGCUUAAAAAAACCCAGAUGCUCUCUGGGUUGGGGAGGUGGGGAGACGCUGCCUGAAGUUUGUACAGUUGUGUGUGUACAUUCAGCAGAAGAGUUUAGAAGGAGCCCGGGGGACAAUUUUAAGUCAAAUAUGUACAGACAUCCAGCUUGCUAGAGGUAGAGAAACUCAGUGUGAGUUGGGGAGAGCGCUAGAUAGAAAGAUUGUGGUGUCUCUCCAGAACAAAGCUGUGAACCCAGGGAAUAUAAUUGCUGAGAUGGGCCCGAAGCAUGGAGAGUGAGAUUGAUAUUUACAAACACUUCACGUGGCUAAAGAGGUCCCAGGUGAAUCACCAUACUUCUGCCAGUAAUGAAACCUAUCAAGAACGCCUGACAAGACUAGAGGGUGACAAAGAGUCUCUCAUACUUCAGGUGAGCGUCCUUACAGACCAGGUGGAGGCCCAAGGAGAAAAGAUCAGAGAUCUAGAAGUUUGCCUCGAGGGGCACCAGCUGAAACUUAAUGCUACCGAAGAGAUGCUUCAACAGGAGCUGCUAAGUCGAACAUUGCUGGAAACUCAGAAAUUGGACCUAAUGGCAGAAGUUUCGGAUCUGAAGAUUAAGCUGGUUGGGAUGGAGAAGGAACAAAGCGAAUAUGAAGAGAAGCAGAACAAAGCUGAGUCAGUAGUGAACCUGAUCAGUGAACUACAAGAACAAAUGUGUAGACUGCAGCUGGACAUUAAUAGUAAAAUCCAGGAAAGAAAAUCCCACAGUAGGAAGCCAAAUAUGGCAGCAGUCGGUCCUCAAGAUAGCAUUGACUCGGUGACAGAGGUCCCUGUUUGGAAGAAUUGCAUUCAGUGUGAUAACUUAUUACAGGAACUAAAACACCUAAAAAUUAAGGUUGAAGAGCUGGAAAAUGAAAGAACCCAGUAUGAAUGGAAACUGAAAGCAACCAAAGCUGAAAUUGCACAGCUUCAGGAACAGUUAGCUCUAAAAGACUCGGAGAUUGAACGAUUACAGAGUCAAAUCUCGAGGACAUCGGGAAAUAAUGAAAUUGCAGAAAGAGAGGAAGUGUAUAGGCGAAGGCUAAAAGAAAAACAUCAAGAGGUCCAAUGUUUGAAAGUAGGAAUGGAAUCAUUAUUGGCUGCAAAUCAAGAAAAGGACCGCCGAAUAGAAGAGUUAACUGUAUUGCUAAGUCAGUACCGAAGAGUGAAAGAGAUCAUGAUAGCAGUACAAGGAACUUCAGAAAGAGUUUUGUGUGGAAGCAGUGAAGAUGAUAUUGAAGUAACUUUAAGAAAAUGGAAUCCCAUGAAUAAGCCCCAAAUAGAACUAUAUAAGCCAGAGUUACCUCCAGGGGAAUUGACCCUACCUAUGUUGCCUCCUCCUCCACAAAAGAAAAUGCUGGAAAUGAGCGGAAGCUCCCCAGUUCCUUCAAAUAACCUGUUUUCUGCAAACGGACAAAGCCUGGAAGUCCAACAUAGGGCGCCUCAGAAAAAAAUAUCAAGUAGUCUUGAAGACUUGCAAAGUGAAUCCCUGGAAAAGCAUGUAGAUGCGAAACCAGUAGAACGUGAUGUAACACAAGAGAAUAAGCCAUUCGUGAAAAGCAGCAAAUACCAAACCUUGCCAGGGAAGCUUCCUCGACCUGCACACAACGGCGAUACUGGGGCAUACAGUACUCCUUCUCCAAGUACGUGCCGUGUGAAUGGCAACGGAGACAGCAGCAUACAGAGCCUGAAUCGCAUCAGGAGUGUCAGUGCACCAAUCUUAGGGGACUCUGACAAUAUGGAUGGUACAAUGAAUUCAGAUGACCUUUCACCUUUGUCAUCGGGAACAGAAUCUGGUGCACAGUCUCCAUUAUCUCCGGAAAAUAAAAGAAGUCCAAGAGGAAUAAAGAAAAUAUGGGGAAAAAUACGCAGGACCCAGUCUGGAAAUUUCCCUGGAGAUGAUCUGGGCUUGGUUGAAUUUCGAAGAGGUGGCCUCCGUGCAACAGCUGGACCUAGAUUGUCUCGGUCAAAGGACACCAAGGGACAGAAGAGUGAUCAUAACGCCCCAUUUGCCCAAUGGGGCACUGAACGAGUCUGUAACUGGCUUGAAGACUUUGGUCUUGGGCAGUAUGUCAUUUUUGCACGACAAUGGGUGACAUCUGGCCACACCCUCUUAACAGCAACACCGCAGGAUAUGGAAAAGGAACUAGGAAUAAAGCAACCUCUGCACAGGAAGAAAUUGGUUUUGGCUGUUAAAGCUAUCAAUACAAAACAAGAUGAUAAGUCCGCUCAGCUAGAUCAUAUCUGGGUGACUCGAUGGCUUGAUGAUAUUGGCUUACCUCAAUAUAAAGAUCAGUUUCACGAAUCGAGAGUUGAUGGCAGGAUGCUGCAAUAUUUAACUGUGAAUGACCUCCUUUUCCUCAAAGUCACAAGCCAGUUGCAUCAUCUCAGCAUUAAGUGUGCCAUUCACGUGCUCCAUGUGAACGGUUUCAACCCUCACUGCCUACGGAGGCGACCGGCGGAUGAGAAUAACAUUUCGCCUUCCGAAGUAGUUCAGUGGUCCAAUCACAGAGUAAUGGAAUGGCUCAGAUCAGUAGAUCUGGCAGAAUAUGCACCGAACCUUCGAGGAAGUGGAGUUCAUGGUGGCCUUAUUAUCCUUGAACCUCGUUUUAAUGGUGAUGCUCUGGCAAUGCUUCUCAACAUUCCACCUCAAAAAACGCUGCUAAGGCGCCACUUAACCACUAAUUUCAACGUGCUAAUUGGACCAGAGGCACAGCGAGAAAAAAGAGAAAUAUUGGAAUCUACAGCUUAUGCGCCUCUGACUACCACUGCGAAAGUCCGGCCAAAGAAACUUGGAUUUUCACAUUUUGGAAACUUGCGAAAAAAGAAAUUUGACGAAUCUACGGAUUACAUUUGCCCUAUGGAUACCAGCCCAAGUACCACCAACGGUACUCAGAGAAGCUACGGCGCCUACAAAGUGCAUAAUGCCCUCCCUGACAAAGAAUUAGACAAACUGGAUCAGAUGGAACAUUCAGAAGGAACAGUAAUGCAAAUAGGGGAACUUUCUCAAGGAAUAAACAACCUCACAACUAUGUUAAGCCAAGAUCAGUUGCUGAAUGAUGAUAGAUUUUUAACAACAACGUUUGAGGACUGGUGAUGAAGAUUCCAUGUGACCAACACCGCUCUUAAUACCUCAGUUGUAUUAGGGGAUAUGACUGGUCCAGGCUGGGUGCUCUGUUUAAAAAUAUGCCACUGAAAUGUGUGAAACCUUUUUAAGUGCUGUUUUUCACAUCUCCCACCCCAACAGCAAUGGAAACCCUAAGGUCCAGGUACUUAAUACAUGCAGUCAAAGAACCUAUGCAACAUUUUUAGAAGUAGUAAAAUUAAGAAUAUGUAAAUAUAUUUUAAAGCACAGUGAGCCAUUUACUAGUCAGUGAUCCAUUUUCUAUAUUUUGUACUUGCUCAUGGUGCAUAUUAUUGGAAUCAUGUUAGUUUUCUAAGGUAUCACCCCUUAUGAAUGGUUAGUACAACCAACACCAUGUUUUUCUUCCAGUCUGGUAUAACGAUCCCCUGAUAUGAUAAACAUGCUAAUUAUUUACUUGACCACUUACACUAAAGCUGUAUCUAAUGUGUCUCCUGUUGGACACUAACACUCCCACCCUUUAAAGACUAUUCCAGUCCAGUAUACAGUUUUCCUCUCUCCCUCACAACUUGUGUUCUGCAUUGUACAUGAGGUCUGCAAUAAGAAAAUGUAUUGUCCUUUACUUCAUAAGGCCAAGUAGUGAAGUAGUACCCCACUGGCACGAUUAUUUCUUUCUGUGACAUUCUCCCUUACCAGCAUCUCUCACAUUGGAUGAGCUAAAAAAAAAAAAAUCUCUGCUCAAGAUGCAAUGAAAAUAUUCAUUUACCUUAAUACUGCAUUUCUUAAAUGCUGCAGUUUCACUCUUGCAGUAUGCUUAAAAGGUAAAGGUACCCCUGCCCGUACGGGCCAGUCGUGUCCAACUCUAGGGUUGUGCGCUCAUCUCACUUAAGAGGCCGGGAGCCAGCGCUGUCCGCAGACACUUCCGGGUCACGUGGCCAGCGUAUGCAGUAUGCUUACAGUGGAUUAAUUUCUAAGGAUUUGUGCUCGAUGAGCUUUUUACCAUAAUAGCUAAAAACAAAACACUUAUCAGAAAAUGAUGUUUAGAGAGCAUGAACGGACCAAAUGGACUACCAGAAAGCAGUAAAACCACCAGCUGCUUGAAACUUAGAUAAUAUUGUGAGGCCUGCCUUCCUUAAUAAUGCCUGCUAUAAAUUUAAGGAAUUAAUUGGAAGAAGGGGGUUACUUUAACUUUUCAACCUAAAUUGUGAAGCAAGCAGUAGACCUUUCAUACACCCAGGCUUUUUUCUUUCAAAGUCUCAGUAUUUCUGCAGAUGGAAUGUUGUAAGCCUGCCACAGAUCAGGAGAUUAAGAUAAGUUUUCCCAUUCCAUAAAUAUUCUGGAGGCAGAAGUUUCCACACUAGGGGGAAAAGUUGUCCUUAAUUUAAAGCAUUUGUAUUACCUACUUUCUUCAUUGAAGCAUUCAUGUGAUUGUCAUUAGGACUGUUGUACUGCACACAGCUGCUUCUUGUUUCCUUUAUGAAAAUCAGAACACUGUCCUGUCCUGUUCAGAAACUGGCUUUAUAGCAAAUAGCAGUUCCAUGAGCAUUUUGUAUCUGCUUGUUUUGUUCCUAAAUCUUUGCUCAUGCAGAUCUGCUCUAAAGACCUUCAAGCCUGCUCUAGUGUAGCACUGUGGACAUCUACGCAUCAUUAGGCAAGGGUACCACCUGCUGGUGACAAAGUUUUGGUCGCAAAAACACACACAUUCCAAAUGUAACUUCUGUUGCCAUCCUAAUAAUAAUAGCACAACUCUGAAUGUUUUUAUUUUGCAAGAGAGAGAUCAACAUGCAGCCAGCAGAUAUCCAUUGAAUCAAACUGUGAAAGCUGGGGUGGGUGGCCGUUUGGACUUUACUAUUAAGCAACAGGUCCUUGAAUGCUUGUACAAGAUGAAUACUUGAAGCAUAAACUACUUAAUGGCUUUUCAGCCCUGGAGAGCUUUUGAA